AUGUCCUUGGCUUUGAAUAAAUCAAGGCAACAUUUCACGAAGGGACGAAUAAUAGUGGACGAUUAUUAUGAUGAAUAUCAGAAUUAUCAACCGGUAGUGGGAUUUCGCCAGCCCAUUGUCGUGAAAGAAGAGCCGAAGAAAAAUCAGGACUUUAGCAAGAUUCCCGGAAUCCCCGGAAUUGAUUAUCCUCUCUAUCACACGGUGCCGCCCACGAGUUUUUCCUGCGCACAUGUUCCGGUAGUACCGGGAAUGUACGCAAACGUAGAAACCGGUUGUCAGGCAUAUCACGUUUGCCAUGACGGGCGUGAGGGGCAUCAGGGUGCCUCCUUUUUAUGCACUAAUGGAACACUUUUUAAUCAACAUGAAUUUGCGUGCGACUGGUGGUACAAUGUUAAUUGCGCUGAUGCACCAUCUCUUUAUAGGGUAAACGAAGACCCAUUGAAGAAUCCGUACGUACCAAAAGAGACAAAGGACGCUAUUCGAAAGAGAUUGCAGAUUGUCGUGCUGUAAAUGUAAAUUGGCUGCAUAUAGCUGAUUAUUUUGAUAUUUACAUUCUCACAUAAGCCUUAUUUAUAAUACUUGCUCGUGUGUCUCUUGUCAAGAUUAGUAAUAAAAAAAUAAACAGUUAAUGUAUA